AUGACUACUUAUUUCAUUACAGGUGUUAACAAAGGGAUCGGAAAGUCUUUAGUUGAGUUAUUAACUAAGGACAGUAAUAACUUGGUUAUUGGAACAGUCAGAAAUGAGGCCAAAGCCCAAGAGUUACUUUCAUUGAAGUUAGAAAACUUGAAGUUGAUUUACAUUGAUAUGGCUGAUAACGUUACCAAAUUUAAAGAACAAUUCAAGGCGCUUGAAAGUUAUGCUCCAAACGGAGUUGAUGUAUUCAUCCAGAAUGCUGCUAUUGUUGACCCUGACACCAUGAAGCAUUCAACCUUAUGUGAUACUGACUAUUUCUCCACAGUCUUUGAUGUCAAUGUUACUGGAACAGUGAGAGCAUACCAAGCUAUCUACCCUUACCUUUUCAAGGGUAAUGGAACAAAGAAAAUGGUUUUCAUAGGUAGUAUUUCAGGUAUCAUCGGUGAACCAAGUGCCGGUGGUAAUGCUUAUGGAUUAUCCAAAGCUGCUGUUCAUAGAUUUGGAACUCAAGUUGCCAAGGAGAAUAGAAACUCUCAAGAUCCUUUGAUUAAUCAAUCAGUUACUUUAAUCAUCCACCCUGGGGUUGUUGAAACUACAAUGCAUAAUGAUUCAUCCAGAAAGGCUUUGACUGAAAUAGGAGCUUCUUACAUCACCACUGAUGAUAGUGCCCGUAAGCUUUUAAAAAUCAUUAACGAAAAUGGGAUCGAAAGAUCAGGUACCUUAUUCGAUGAAGAAGGUGAAAUCUUACCAUGGUAG